AUUAAUUUGAGUGGAUAUACCGAAACGAAUUUUCAAACUAAUGCCAAUGUAACCGGAAUUGCAAUCAACAUUUUGGGAAAUCUUACGCGUGCAGUUUUGACAAUAGCUAGUAAUAACAAAACGAUACAGAGACCAGAAAUAGUAAUAUCAUUGGCAAGUAUAUAUGACACGAAAGGGGUGGCUAUCGGCGCGCGCAACCUUCCGGAUAGAUUGUGCGUGAAGCUAACGGGGAUGGAAAAUUCAAAGUACAACAUGGACGUAAUUGCUUAUUAUGGAGCAAAUAAGAAAAAUAACAUGAGAGGUGAUAUUAUCAACAUUAAUUCUAUAAGUGAGGUUAAUAAAAAAAAGGAUUUUUUCUCUCUAAAUGAGAUAUUAGAUAAAAUACAUAUCACACGAGCCAAAACAUCAACUGUAAUUGAAGAAACUAACAAGAACGCUGCCAAUAUAUAUAAUUUACCAAAUUCUAUUAUAAAUAAAAAGCGAAAAUUUGAGAGAUCAGCAGAAAUUAUGGACCCAAGAAGAAAUAAUGAUGAAAUAACAGAUAAUUUUUCUGAUAUAUCACUCUCCAAGCGUGAAUCUACUGCAGGAAUUGAUAAAAAUAAUAUUAAUCAUUUCGUACUACGUAACAAUUCUUUGAUAAGUUAUGGUGAAUUUAAGAUUUUAUCAAAUUUCUCAAAUAUCAAGGAGCAACAGCAGAAAAUUCAAGCGCGAUCGUCGGAAAUCGCAUCAUUAAAUGAAGAUAUUGAUGCAAAGAUGAAAUCACCUGGUGGGGGGGAGAUCGUAUCGAUGCAAAUGGAUAGUGACCAAAGCCAGAAACUUUCAACGCAAAUUAAUGAGAAUUCUUUCGAAAGAAGAAAGCUACUGUUAGAUGUGAAUGCAAACAGCAAACUGAUUGCUACACCAGGAACAACACAUAGAGUGAUUUUUGAUGCGACAAAUAACUGCGUCCUUCCAGUUAGAUAUGCAAUUCGAGCGAGAAGCUCCCCAUUUAGAAUUUAUAAUAUUCAACCAGUAUAUAUGUGGUUGUAUCCGGGACAGACAGAUCAGGUAGCUGUAGAUAUUCUUGUACCAACGGGAACCCAAGAAACUGUCAAUACGCUUACACUAUUUAUCGUUGGUACUGAAAUAUUGGAGAAAUCAGUACAGGUUUUUGUUUACAAUGAGCUUUCGAAAAACAUUGACAAUGUAAAACCAACAAUUGAAUAUUGGUUCAAUAGCAACUGUGCCGGUAAACUGGACAAAGAUCGUUGCGAAAAAACAUUUUGGAGUGCUGAUAUUACUGUCCAAGAUAAUGAUUCAGGUUUAAAAAGUGUAAUAGCAAUACCAAAUGGGUUAUACCCACGCACUAAAUAUAUAAGUGGCACAAAAGAUCGAGUUACAUUUUACUACUUAUCUACUUGCUGUACACCAACAGCUACAAUUACAGCGAUAGAUAUAUCGGAAAAUCAGUACACUCGUAAUAUUGAUGUAACAGCGUGGGACAAUCUAUCACAAGGAGAAAUAGCAGCUGUCGUACUCGGUGCGCUAUUACUUCUUUUACUUAUAGUAUGUGUCAUUAUUGCAAUAGUGUAUUGUGUUCGUAAAAGGAAUAGUCAUGAUCUACCUUACACAAAAAGAUAUGGCUCUAGAUCACAGCCUGCUCGAACCGAAAGAACCAGUUUCUAACAAUACUUAUAAGAAUCAACUGUAAUAUCGUUAUCAUGAUCAAUUAUAUCAUAAAAACUGUAAAUGAAACUUCGAAAA